AUGGACAUACCGAAGUUACGCACAAGAAAACGAUAUAAAAAAGGAUUGUCUGACAUAAUAAAUCCUGUUGAUACAAAUGUCAUAGAGAAUUUUUCUCCUCAAGAAUAUAGUUUAAGUUUUACUAAUUCUGAGGCUGAUGAAACGAGUAAAGAAAUGAAUAAAGAAGUCGAUGAAGAAGUCGAUGAAGAAAUUAAUGAAAAUACUGAUGAUGAAACCAAUGAAAAUACUGAUAAAGAAACCAAUGAAAAUACUGAUGAAAAAACUGAUGAAGAAGCUGAAGCAGAAGUAUUGGCAGACGAGGAGCUGGAACAAACUGAUAAUUAUUUUCAAGAAUUUACUCAUAAACUAUUGGUUGUUGAUGCAGAAGAAGGUCAAAUAAAUGACGAUGUUUUAGAAGAAGAGUCAUCAGAAUUUGAAGGUUUUGACGGAGAUGCAUAUGAAGAUCUUUCUAAAAUCCUUAAACAUCCCAAAUUUCUCAAAGAAGAAGUCAUUACAAACAUUCGACGUUUCCGUAAAUGGAGAUAUAAACUACCUCUUCUUCAAGUUAGACAGCAUGAUGUACCUAUUUGUGAAAAAAAAGUGCCAUCUACACUUUUAUCUACUAAAAAGGCAUUUGUUAUAUCCCCCUUGGUGCAUUUGGAACAUGUGCUCAAUAACCCAACACUUAUGCCCAAGAUGUAUUUUGGUCACGGCGUAGUUGAAGAAGAAAAGAGUGAAUUCUGGCACGGGGAUCUCUGGCAGGAAUCUCCGCUUUUUGGAGAACAUCAAAUAAAAUGUAAGGAUGGAGGUUAG